AUGGCCGGUGUCAGAGUCCCCUCAGUUUUAUGGGCACAGGGUGGCCAUUCUACUGCCAGUGGAAAUGGUUUUAUAUAUCUAACAGUUGAUCUUCCGGGAAUAAUUCAUUCUACGCUCGAUUACAAGGUCACAAAAACUUCGAUGUUCUUGACAGUUGACGCUAUGAAGAGCAAUGAUCUAUCUAGAUACGGCUUUCAAAUUCAAUUUCACGGUGAAGUCGCCCCAAAUGGAAUCAGCGUUGAACUAAAGACAAGACAAUCUAUUACAUUUAUUAUUUUCAAAGGAGGCACCACUACACACUACUGGCCCCAGCUAUCGAAAGACUUGUUGGAAUACGUAAAACCUGAUAUCGUUCGGUGGGCUUGGCAAGACCAACCGCCCGAUGUAGAUUCCGGACGUCUCAGGUGUUUGACAUCGGUGGAACGACUGAAGAGCCUUGGACGUGCACUAACGGAACGUUGUCAGCAAUCAGGGAACUUGCAAGACAUUGAAUGGGCUACACUGGUGUUGAAAGUUGCGGCAGAAUUUGGAACCUUUCCCCUAAUUGAUCGCUGGUUAUGGUUCAGGAAGCUCGCAGAAGUAGCGACUCUACGUUUCAAUCAGACUGGUGAUAUACAUCACGAGAACUCCGCAAUCUACUAUCUCAACCAGGCCUUGCAGUGCACCCCCUCCGGCCACGUCGAUCUCUUCAGUCAUUUAGGAACUUUGGGGAAAUUAUACCUAAACCGAUAUAUUCGAGGAGGGAAUAUCCUCGACAAUGAAACAGCCAUAUCGUAUUUGAGACAAGCUGUAUACCCUACUGUCUUCUCUGGAGAUGACCUUACUCCGCUCAACACUGCUGUUGACUCUUUCUCGAAGAGCGUUCUAAACAUGAACCUUGUUCCCGUUCCUUCAAAAUAUGCUGGUAUGCUUGACGACUUGGCCAACGCAUACUCGUACAGAUUUGCACAUGGUGCACAUAUUUCCGACAUAAAAUCAGCAAUCUUUUACCAUCAGAAAGCUGUAUACCUGACUCCUUCAAGCUGCCCUGACUAUCCCACCUUGCUGAAGAACCUUGGAACUUCGUAUUUGCGCUGCUUUGAAAGGACGGGAAACCUAACCGACGUAGAUUUUGCACUGCAUUACCACCAGAGGGCACUGAAUUCUAACCCUGACGAUCCUGCUUCACUGGCUUUAUUCCACCUAAGCCUUGGGAAUUCUUACGCACGUCGUUUCGAAAGGUCUGGAGACAUGGCUGAUAUCAACCACGGAAUUUCCCACCACGAAAUGGCCCUGAAAAUAGCCCCUGCGAGUCAUUUUUGUAAAGCUGAUUCUUUAGUUGGCCUUGGUAAUUCUGCAUUACGUCGCUUUCAGAAAACCGGUCAAAGAACCGAUAUUGAGUCGGCAAUAACCCACCAUCUAAAAGCAUUGGAGGCUACCCCAACCGGACACGCAGAUCUUCCGGGACGCCUCAGUAAUUUAGGAAAUUCAUAUCUAUAUGCAUAUCAACAAAGUGGUGAUCCAACUGACAUUUCGUCUGCAAUAUUGUACCAUAGGCGUGCACUCGAAGCCACUCCAGCAGGCCACAUGGACCGGCCUGUUUUUCUAGCCAACAUCGCGUCUUCGUAUUCGUGUCGCUUCUCUUUUACGAAUGAUCUCAGCGACAUCGGACAUGCUAUAUCGUACCAGGAGAAUGUGGUAGGAUCAACGCCAGCUGAUCAUGUCAACCUUCCUGAAUAUCUCAAGAAUUUUGGAGACUUCAACGUACACCGCUUCAAGAAGACAAGAAGCUUAGCGGAUAUUCGUUCCGCAAUAGCUCACUAUAGCCGCGGUGCUCGAGCAAUGGGGCUACCUGCCACGCGCCUUGACUGUGCCAAAGGUGCAGCGUUGAUAUCGCAGGUGUUCGAUCCAUCUUCUUCCAUUCCGCAUUAUGAGCUUCUAGUCCGCUUGCUUUCGGAAGUAGCUGGGAUUGAACAAACAAUUCAUCACCGUCAUGUCAAUCUUCAUAAGUAUUCGAAUCUCUUACAAUGCGGGGUGGCUGCCGCGUUGAAUGUCAGCCGCUUUGAUACAGCUGUAGAAUGGUUGGAGCACGGCCGCUGCUUGGUGUGGAAUCAGAUCGACGAGCUUCGAACAUCAGUCGACCGUCUUCGCGAGACGAAUCCGUCUUUGGCUGACAGGUUCACAAAAAGUGCGCAUUUGUUGGAGCAUCUUGGUGUCCGGUCUAGCAUAGGUCCAUCUCUUCACGAGACACUCGAGGAUGGAGCCCGAUCGCACGACACCACACUUCUCCAUAGCCGUACAGCGGCAGAGUAUAACGCGGUACUUGAAGUAAUUCGACAGAUGGCAGGUUUUGAAGAUUUUCUCCAGCCCUGCAAAAUAGCGAAGCUCCUCUCUACCCUACCUCGGGACGGCCCAGUGAUUUUAUUCAAUAUCAAUGGUGAUCGCUGCGAUGCGAUGGCACUUUUGCAUGGAGUAAAUGCCCCAAUUCAUAUUCCACUGAAAGACUUCAGUCAAGACAAAGCAAAAGCACUUUACGAAACACUUCAGGUCGAUGCUCUGAAGAAUCGGUCUACUGGGUCAGAAAAUCGUGGUGCAGCGGUGUCACUCGAUAGCUCUAUUCGCCUCAUACUAGAGGUUCUUUGGUUCAAUGUAGUGAAACCAAUAUUCGACGUGCUCGCAUACACUAUACCCCCAAAACGAUCAGAUCGACCCCGAUUAUGGUGGUGCCCAUCGGGACCACUUUCAUUCCUUCCACUGCAUGCAGCUGGUGUGUAUGGGCCGAAGGAACAAAUCAGCGUCGCUGACUUUGUAAUCUCAUCCUAUACACCGACGGUGCGUUCCCUAACCGAGAAGUUCGAAAAAUCAUCUUCUGGGAGAUGUGCAAAGACCAGUGUUCUUCUGGUCAGCCAACAAUGGACGCCAGGUCUCCCAUCUAUACCAUCCACAAAGACAGAGACCCAAGCAAUCAAAUCCCUUUUGGAGAAAUCAGGGAUAAACACACUAUUAUUAGAAAACGCUGAUGCAACUCGUGACAGGGUCAAAAAUGAAUUAGACGCACACGGUUGGGUACACUUUGCAUGCCAUGGGAUUCAAGAUCCCAACAACGCUCUGUCGAGUGGCCUUUGCUUGCAUGAUGGUCGCCUGGAAUUACUCGAAACAAUGCAAAAGCACACCCAAAAUAAACGCGUAGCAUUCUUGGCUGCAUGCCAAACUGGAACGGGUGACAGCAAGUUAUCGGAGGAGGUAGUCCAUAUUGCCGCUGGAAUGCUUGCAACUGGGUAUCAUGGAGUGGUGGGUACGAUGUGGAAUAUCUCAGACAAGCACGGCCCAUUGUUUGCAGAGGAGUUCUAUAGGUAUUUGUUAGGCAGGAUGGGAUCAAACGGAUUGGACGGUAAUCUUGCUGCCUAUGCCCUCGACCAUGCUACAUCAGUGGUUCGACAGAAUCUUGGAAAUAGUGAGCUUGGACUACUGAAAUGGGUUCCAUACGUACAUUUUGGCUACUGA